GGCUUGCACCCAAUUAAGCGGCACGAGAGUGGAAUUUUCUCAGUGGCUCCACCGCAAGUUGUCGUGUGCCCCGUGCGCAGCGAAGUGCAAAAAACGACUUCAAAAAAAGCACAACCGCUCCUCCGUCCGCUGCUGCACUUCUCGGUCUUGAUCGUCAACUCGCCCGCAAGACACCAAGAUGGCUGACUCCGACUCCCCCGUCACCCUGCGCACUCGCAAGUUCAUCCGCAACCCUCUGCUUGGCCGCAAGCAGAUGGUCGUGGAUAUCCUCCACCCCAACCGUCCUAACAUCUCCAAGGACGAGCUCCGCGAGAAGCUGGCCACCCUCUACAAGGCCACCAAGGACCAGGUCAACGUCUUCGGUCUCCGCACCCAGUUCGGUGGUGGCAAGACCACUGGCUUCGCCCUCGUCUAUGACUCCCCCGAGGCCAUGAAGAAGUUCGAGCCCCACUACCGUCUUGUCCGUGUCGGCCUUGCCUCCAAGAUCGAGAAGGCUUCCCGCCAGCAGCGCAAGCAGCGCAAGAACCGCCAAAAGACCCUCCGCGGCACUGCCAAGGUCAAGGGUGCCAAGCCCAAGAAGGAGAAAUAAGCGUAUCGCUCUCCUUAGUGCUUUGUCGUCCUUCUCUUCUAUCUCACCGGGUGUUUGCGAGGCUGUGCAUUCUCUUUUACAGUGCAUCUGGGGCUUCCUCCGGCAGUCGAUCUGCCGCCUGCAAACCUAGUCAGCAUUUGGGAUCCAUUUGGAGGCGUGACGGUCGGGCUUUCAGGGAUUCUGGCGACAUAGCAUACAAUUCAGGGGUGUUUUGCGUGGCACAAAAACAAGAUGAUCAACAAAUGGGUGUCUGUGAUGUGUGAUAUGAUGUUUUGUUCCAAGAUCUUGGCUUGUUUUGACGUUGGCUUGGACGAGUGUCCUGCUUUUUCAUCACUCCUGCCUCUUACAUCUCUACCUUCCCACUCCAGACUAUCUUAUCCGAACUCAAGACUUGUUCCAAUUCCAGCAAGGCAGUCCCCCCUUUCUUAACCUUCACCUCGCUUUCACUCCUCAUCUGAGUCACUAGACCUAAUAUCCACGACCACAAGACCCUUAAAAGAGAUGGGCAUUCCCCUUACCAUCUUCAACCCCUUCAUUUCCUUCCCCUUCCAUCACCACCGCCGACUCAGGCUCCUUCUGCGGGCUCUUCCUGGUGCUCGUGCUGGGGACAUCGGGGAUGAGGCUGGGGGUAAGUUUAUACGUGUCUGUGUCUAUCCCAGUCUGCGCAUGUGACUUGAUUGACAACCUAGCGGACAAGUCUUCUCCCUCGGGUGUGACAUCCGCAGUGCCAGCUGUACGGAGCAUGGUAAUCAUUGUGGUCUCAGAGCCUUGACCUGGCUCUCGCUCUGCGUCUUGGAUCAAUUCUGAUUCAGGCACACCCACCCUCGCACCCACCGGAACCGUGACAGGCACCGAGUGAGCCAAAACAGGCGAACUAGGUGCCUCCGGAACCAAGGGUUCAUCUUCAUUCACUAAACGUGCUGGCGAGUUAGGACGAGUUGGACCGACGCCCACGGGGGAGGUACUUCGCGUUGCGUCUGCCGAGUUUGGGACAGGGUCCGGGCGGGGGGAGUAGAUGGAUGGAGUGGGCUCCAACUGUGAAGCUGUGGGUUUCGCAGGUAGUGGUUGAGGUGGGCUUGACAGAGUUGGGGAUGGCGAUGGCGCGGAUGAUCUAUGGAAACCUGGACUGGAAGUGGCGGGUUCCGUGUUUUCAUCGUCGGUCUGGAUGGAGGUGUUGAUUUGGAGUCGAGGAACGAUUGGAGGUGAGGAGGGUGGUGGUGAAGCUGCCCUUGAGGAAGUGGAAGUCAUCUUGGAGGUGUGGAAAGCCAGUCAACUAUGGCCUAGUGGAUCUGUUGUGUUGAUUUCGUUUCAGACACCGGUUUGCUUGUUAAGAAGAUGGCCAUGCUACUUGGAAUUUACGAGAAGGCUUGAGAAGGGGGCACAUUUAUGGGGAAAUGGUUAUUCUCCUGGAUCUGAAUCACGAAGGCAUUCGCGUUGUUCUCCUUCGCACGACAUGACACCUCGUCAAGCGUCCUGGCUCAAUGACACAUUCAUGUUGCUUUUGGUCAUCUGAGGGAAUCACACGGACCGCGGACGAGAUUGAAGGCAGGGCUAGAGGCCGUUAGACUGGUGUAGUUCAUGUCCACUACGUCAAGCAAAACAGGUUACGUUCAGAAAGGAGGAGGCCCGGAUGUUUUAGUUCACCUCAUCCUCAUCACUGAACGCCCUGAACAGGAUCUUGAAGCAGACGCUUGGAUUUUCAUGCUACGAUGCCUUUUGGUUUCUUUCCUAGCCUCCAGUUACGUAUCUCCUACCCUCAUCUACCAUUCGGUCUCCCUAAAUGCUAGAUUCGGCCCGUUCCAUCCAUUUUCCCUCGUCUACUCCGUCCUCAACCCACCCGGUGCACCAACGGCCUACUAUAGUAAAACGAUUCUUCAUCGUGACCCCGGUGGGCUUCGAUCGGGCGGCGAAGGCGUCGCCGGUUGCCCAGGAAAUACACUCCUAGUUGCAUGUACACAUACAUACUGCAAGUGUCUCUGGUCAUGGCCGUCUCUUGAUUC